GGUGCGCGUGCGUGUCGCUAGCUGCCACAUAUAAUUCUCUCUCGCCCCGCCCGCUUGCGCGUCAGAUGAGUGCACGGCCCUGCUGCUUCGUCGCUGCGCACCACGCCUCCAGCUCCUAGGCGUCCAUGUCCAUGGCGCCGGCGGUCAUCGACUAGCUCCAUGGCUCAGCUGGCUCCUCUUCCGCGUCUUCACCUACGACACAUCCACUUCUAAGUAGCUUUGGCCAUACUAGCUGGGGCAUGUCCGGGCCACGGAGGUGCGGCAGCCGGCGGCCGGAGAGGCCGGCGGUGGUGGGAGACAACAUCAACGGAUACGUCGAGACCGAUCCCACAGGUCGCUAUGGCCGGUUCGACGAACUACUUGGCAAAGGGGCAACGAAGUCAGUGUACAGGGGUUUCGACGAGGAGCGCGGCGUGGAGGUUGCGUGGAACCAGGCGAGCCUCUGCGACGUGCUCCGGACGCCGGACGCGGUGCAGCGCAUGUACUCGGAGGUGCAGCUGCUGAGCACGCUCCGCCACGACGCCAUCAUCGGCUUCCACGCCUCCUGGGUGGACGUCCCCCGCCGCACCUUCAACUUCAUCAGCGAGCUCUUCUCCUCCGGCACCCUCCGCUCGUACCGCCUCCGGUACCCGCGCGUGAGCCUCCGCGCCGUCCGGUCGUGGGCGCGCCAGAUCCUGCGGGGGCUCGCCUACCUCCACGCCCACGACCCGCCCGUCAUCCACCGCGACCUCAAGUGCGACAACCUCUUCGUCAACGGCCACCAGGGCCAGGUCAAGAUCGGCGACCUGGGGCUGGCCGCCGUGCUCCGCGAGGCAGGGCAGGCCGCGCACAGCGUCAUCGGCACGCCCGAGUUCAUGGCCCCCGAGAUGUACGAGGAGGCGUACAACGAGCUUGUCGAUGUCUACUCCUUCGGGAUGUGCAUGGUCGAGAUGCUCACCACCGAGUACCCCUACAGCGAGUGCUCCAACCCCGCGCAGAUCUACAAGAAGGUCACCGCCGGCAAGCUGCCCGAAGCCUUCUACCGGGUGGGCGACGAGGAGGCCCGCAGGUUCAUCGGAAGGUGCUUGGUCGCGGCUUCCAAGCGACCGUCCGCGGCGGAGCUCUUGCUGGACCCUUUCCUCGACGAUCGUGCCACGUCGCAUUGUGCCACGAUGCCACUGCCAGCUGCUCCGUUGACCUCCAGUGAUACAGCUGAACCAUCGUCGUCGUCGGAUGAUCAGGACGUGGAGGAGGCAGAGCUGCCGGCAAGGACGACGGACAUGACCAUCACUGGCAAGCUGAACUCCGAGGAGGACACCAUCUUCCUCAAAGUACAGAUAGCCGAUGACACAGGCCAUGUUCGGAACAUCUACUUCCCGUUCGACAUGGUGAGCGACACGGCGAUCGAUGUGGCCGCGGAGAUGGUGAAGGAGCUGGACAUCGCCGACCGGGACCCAUCGGAGAUCGCCGCCAUGAUCGAGGAGGAGAUCGACAGGUUGCUGGCCGGCAGAGAGCAGCACGAGUACACGUACGAAAACGAGGAGCACCCUCCUCCCUUUUACUACCUCUCCUCUUCUCCCACCUCCUCCCAGGGGUCCCUCUGCGAGUUGGGUCCAUCCACCUCAGGCUCAGGGAGCUUCUCUGGCCUACGCCGCGGCGGCGGCGGCGGCGACUGCUCCAAAGAUUACGGGUCCUACGGUUUAAGCGACGACGAUGACACGAGCUCGAUGCAUUCCGGUAAGUACUCUGCUCUGCAUUACGCCUCAGGUCACGAUGAAGAGGAGCAUGUCCGGCCCAGCUGCUCCAAGACAGGCCAGGUCAAGACUACAAGCAGAGCAGAGGCCCAGGAGUACAAGUCGUCGCAGGCGCGGCAGCACCUGCAUCGGCAGUGCAGCAUGUCACCGCACGCCAGCCGGACGCGGCGGCGCGACGAUGACCGUCGCGGGAGGAUGGCUCGGAACCGUUCGAUGGUGGACAUGCGGAGCCAGGUGCUGCACCGGACGCUGGUGGAGGAGCUCAACCGGCGGCUCUUCUUCAACACCGUCGGCGCCGUCGAGAACAUCGGCUUCCGUGCGCCCCACUGCUCCCCGUCGUCAACGCGUGGCAGGAGAAGCAAAGACGAUAAGCACCAGUACUACAUGCUUUGAGCAAAUUUUUACAGUACAGUAAAUCUGGUGCAAUGCAAAACUGGAUCACCAUGUGAUGUGAUGUGAUGUUAGUGCUCGCACGCAUCGCAAGGUCGGCCACAAAAUUGUGUGUAUAUUUCUCCAGAGUAUAAAGCACCAAAUACUGAUGAUGUGCAACUGCAGAAAAAUAGUGCAUGCAGCUGGCAGAGUUGUUACGUGCAACAUGUUGUUGAUACAUUGCUGUAAUUCUGUGUACAUUAAUUAUGAUAUAAGUCCAUUUAGAUUUGUUCAAA